CUUCAACUCGACUCCAUCGCAACACAAUCCUCCUCCAUCAUUCAACCACCAACCACAACCACGACGACGACUCCAUCACGUGUAUCUACAUCGCAAAGGAGUUGCGCAACACAUUGCGACAGCAUUGCAACUUGCUACGAGAUCUGGCUGAUCCAUCUGAUCUACCUGAGGUCUGCGCGGGCUGAUACGGAGUCAUCUUCAUCAUGCCUCCCAAGAUCCCGACUCAUGUCCCUCCAAUCAACCCCCUCAAGAACCGCCAUCAAAUAAAGAAUCCCCCAGCAAUCAAGAACCGACAAAGCACUCCGGCCAGAAAGCCUCGUCCAAAAGUCUGCCCCAACAAGCAGUGCAAUUCGCCCAACAUCGACGAUGGCAUCUGUACAGAUUGCGGCUACAUCCUCGAUGAUUCGAACAUUGUAGCCGAAGUCCAGUUUGGCGAGACCGCGAACGGUGCUGCAAUGGUUCAGGGAACAUAUAUCGGCGCUGAUCAAGGUGGAGCUGCCAGUAUGGGCAUUGGUGGUAGAGGCGACGGCCAAAACAACAGACAGCAGACUCUCGCAAAUGGCAAAGCCUUGAUGGUACAAUUGAUGCAUCAACUCAAUCUCAACCAGCCAGUAAUCGAUGCUGGACAUCAAAUCUUCAAGCUGGCUGCCAAUGCAAACUUCAUCCAAGGUCGACGUGCAGACAUGGUUGCGGUUGUAUGCUUGUACAGUGCAUGCCGUAAGAGCCGGCCAUGCAGAGUUAUGCUCAUAGAUUUUGCAGACAAGGUUAACAUCAAUGUCUUCAAGCUUGGUGCUACCUUUAAAGCCCUCCACAAAGCCAUUCCCAUUGCUGCGGACGGUAUCGUGCCAGUUCUACCAGAAGACUUGAUCCAUCGAUUCGCCCAGAAGCUUGAAUUCGACGAUCUUUGCGACAAGGUUGCUGAAGACGCCAUCAGAAUGGUGAAGCGUAUGAGCUUAGAUUGGAUGGUCAUGGGGAGACGUCCAUCCGGUGUCUGUGGUGCUUGCCUUAUUCUUGCUGCUCGCAUGAACAAUUUCCGCCGCACCAUCACCGAGGUCGUAUACAUUGUCAAAGUCACGACAAAUACUAUUCAAAAGCGUCUCGAGGAAUUCAAGUUGACACCUAGCAGUGCUCUCACUGUUGAAGAUUUCCUGCACAACGAGUUCUUGGAGUCGGCUCAUGAUCCUCCAUCAUUCUACGAGAAGACGGAAGAGUUCCAGAAGACAAAGAAGAGACGCAAGAGAAAAGGCCACGAGGCAUUGGAUAAUGAAGAUGGCUCAAGCAGCGAGAACGGCUCACCAAAUAAACGACAAAAGACAGCUACACCAGGUCCUGACCAACAUAUCGAGCUUCGUCGGGAUGCAGAUGGUUUUGCUAUUCCACCAAUCCCAAAUCAAGCCAACAACACUCCGGCUGUGGUCAAUGACCCUGAGAGCAAUAUUGAUCCUUCUCUUCGGUCGAUCUUAUCCCAGACAAAUUCCAGUAGCCCUCCCCCGGCACAGUCAGCUGAUACUGCGCCAUCAAGAACCUCCCCAGGUAUUUCAGACCAGCUGAACACCCCUCCGUCAACACAAUCUGCUGAACCUUUACUCUCUUCGACUUCAUCGAAUGAUACCUCCGUUCAGUCUAACAUCACACCCCCUCCAAGUCAAACUGAGUCUGGUCAACCAGUUGUUGGCGGAGAAGUCCCUGACGUUCCUGAUGAUGUUCUUGACGAUCAGACUGAGACGACUUUCGAAAAGCUUGUCGCAGCUUUCGGAGACGGCGAUGAAGACAGCGAUGAAGACGAAGAAGUUGUCCAGGCGAACCCGAGAUCUGGCAAGAGAGGUCCUGACCAUCGCCCGAUUCGGGUUGAUCCAAGAUGGGCUAGUGUUGAAGAGGAAUUGGAACAGGAAAUCGAUGAAGUGAUCAACGAUCCCAACACCAUCGAGCAUGCCGAACGUUAUGCUAUUGCUAAGCAACGUGCAGCUGUCCACAUGAUUGCAGCCGCAAAGAACAACCCCCAAAAAGAAGUCAGCAUGGACGUUCAUAUUGGUGAAGAUGAAUUCAAAGACGAUCCUGAAGUUAUGUACUGCUUAUUGUCAGCCGCGGACUCUGCGGUCAGAGAGCAGGUUUGGGUCAAUAAUAAUAAGGCAUGGCUACGCAAGCAACAGCUUCGAGAAUGGGAGAGGAAGGCAGCCGAGAAUGGUCCUCCAAAAGCCAAGCGAAAUCGCAAGAAGAAGCCUCGCAUGGGUGAAAACCAAACCAGCGCUGCCAACAGUCCAGCUGAAGCAACACAAGAAGCUCUACAGCGCCAUACAUACUCCAAGAAAAUCAACUACGAUGCCAUUCAAGGUCUCUUCGACACAAGUGGCUUUCUUGGCGGAGGACUUGGUAGCGCCGCGACUAGCAGGGUCACAUCCCAAGCUGGCAGUGAGCUCGGAUCCGAUGCGGGAUCAAGAGCUUCUUCCGUUGCACCAUCAACUGCGGGCGGAGACGACAGUGAAAUUGACACGGAUCCUCUGUCUCUGUUCCCGAUUCCGAAAUACCUACAACCAGGAAAACGCUACCGUAACCCGAAUCCCAAGAGACAAGCUUCUAGAUCUGCAUCCCGUGCCUCACCAGCUCCUAGAACCCUCCUUCCACGACCAUCCGCAGAACCAGAAUCCAGCAGAUCGAGUCCGGCUCCUGCUCCCGAGGAAGAAGAAGAAGAGGACAUGGACGAAGACUCCUUCGACUAUGUCUCAACAGCCAAAGCUGCCCCAGCCAGACAAGAAGAGGUUGUCGAUGACUGGAAAGCUGCGCUCAAGGCACCAAAAGGCGACGUCGUCAGCCCGGAUGCAGACGAUGAUGCAUAUGAAGACGAGGAUAACUAUGAUAUGGGUGAUAUUGAACCGGGUGGUCUUGGUGACUUUGAUGAUGAGGAAGAGCCUGGUGGGUUUGAUGUGGAUGAGGAUAUGGCAGACUAUCAGUAGAUAAUGGAUGCAUGAUUGGGGCGUUAUGGGCAUAAAGGGGCAUAUGGGAGGCUAUUUGCUUGUAGAUUAGGUACUAUACUAGAAUACUACAUUGAAUGGAGACUGG